UAAGAGGAUAUCACAUCGCAGCUACGACCAAAUCCUGGUACUACUCCUUCUCCCUUUCACACUCUGUCUUUCAAGCUUCUAGUUUUCAGCCUCCUUGUCUUCAACCAUUCCUUUUUCUUUUUUGUGGGUUUAGAUUGCAACUAUGAAGUUUAGGUUGUGCCAUUUCUUGCUGUUAUUUACCCUCUCUGUGUCUUCGCAUGCUGUGUUUGGUUUAACUAAUGAUGGGGUCGCUUUAUUGUCACUCUUGAGGCAAUGGACCUCGGUGCCAUCUUCCUUGAGGUCCGGUUGGAAUGCUUCAGAUUCCACUCCAUGUAAUUGGGUUGGUAUAGAAUGUGAUAGUAAGAAUAAUGUUGUCUCUUUUAACCUCUCCAGUUAUGCAAUUUCUGGUCAGCUUGGACCUGAAAUUGGUCACUUGAGAGAGUUGGAGACUAUUGAUUUGAGUUCUAAUGAUUUCUUUGGUAAUUUACCAGAAGUUCUAGGCAACUGUAGUGCACUUAAGUAUUUGGAUUUGUCUUGUAAUAGAUUCACUGGUCAAAUACCUGAUUAUUUCAAGCACUUGCAAUUUUUGAGGGAGCUGGUUUUAAAUAACAAUUCUUUAGAAGGCGAAAUACCCGAAUCAUUGUUUCAAAUUCCAGGUUUACAAGUAGUGUUUUUGCAUUUCAACUAUUUUAAUGGUUCAAUUCCUAGUAAUGUUUGUGAUAUGGGUGAGGUUGAACUGUUAUGGUUAAGUGGUAAUAGGUUAUCUGGUACCAUUACAGAGUCUAUUGGAAAUUGCAGUAAAUUGCGAGGGCUUUUGCUAGAUAAUAACAAUCUAGUGGGUGUUUUGCCAGAGAGUCUAAUGAAUCUUGAAAAUCUUAGUUAUUUGGAUCUUAGAAAUAACAGUCUUAAUGGUAGCAUCGCUUUGGUUUCUGGAAACUGCAAGAAUUUGUAUAUGUUGGUUAUGUCAUCUAACAAUUUUAGUGGGGAGAUUCCAAUAAGGUUGGGGAAUUGCAGUAGCUUAACAAUUCUUGACCUUUCUGAAAAUCGUUUGUCCGGGAAAAUUCCACCAGAAUUAGGGAAGUGCAAGUCCUUGGAAGUAUUGAGCAUAUGUAAAAACCAACUUGAAGGUAGAAUUCCAGAUGAGCUAGGAAUGCUGAGUUAUUUACGGCAUAUUAAACUGUCUUUCAACAAUCUAUCAGGUGAGAUUCCACAUAUCAAAUUGUAGCUUAGCUUUUUUAUUUCGUGUUUACGUGCUUUCAAUAUCAUUCUCAUAACCAUGUACUUGAAAUUUCAUGGUACAAAAUAAAAUUCUCGAUCUCUAUCUGUUGCCUA